GAUUUCUGGAUGUAACAUUAUAUUUUACCUCGACUGGGGUUUUCAAUACACGAUGAAAUGGAAUAUUCACACUGCAAUCAAUUAUUAUUCAGUCAUAUACAGGAAUUGUUUGAAUCAAGAUGGCAGAACGCUAUGACUGCCACUACUGCAAGGAGUCUUUGUAUGGGAAGAAGUAUGUUCUGCGUGAUGAAAAUCCAUACUGUGUGAAGUGCUAUGAGAGCCUCUACUCCAACACCUGUGAGGAGUGCAAGAAACCCAUUGGCUGCAACAGCAGAGAUCUGUCUUAUAAGGACCGUCACUGGCAUGAUGACUGCUUCCACUGCUUCAAAUGUCACCGUUCUUUGGUGGACAAGCCGUUCUCCACCAAGGACGAGCAGCUACUGUGUACUGAGUGUUACUCCAAUGAGUAUUCCUCUAAAUGUUUUGAGUGCAAGAAGACAAUCAUGCCAGGCUCCAGGAAGAUGGAGCAUAAGGGGAACAGCUGGCAUGAGACCUGCUUUACCUGCCAGCGCUGUCAGCAGCCUAUUGGAACCAAGAGCUUCAUUCCUAAGGACAACAAUAACUACUGUGUGCCCUGCUACGAGAAACAAUUUGCACUGCAGUGUGUGCACUGCAAGAAGCCAAUCACCACUGGGGGUGUGACCUACCAUGACCAGCCAUGGCAUAAGGACUGCUUCUUGUGUACUGGCUGUAAGCAGCAGCUCUCUGGCCAGCGCUUCACCUCUCGUGAUGACUUUCCCUAUUGCCUCAACUGCUUCUGCAAUCUGUAUGCCAAGAAGUGCACUGCCUGCACCACCCCUAUUAGUGGUCUGGGAGGCAGCAAAUACAUCUCCUUUGAAGAGAGACAGUGGCACAAUGACUGCUUCAACUGCAAGAAGUGUUUGGUGUCCCUGGUGGGCCGCGGCUUCCUGACGGAGAGAGAUGACAUCCUGUGUCCUGACUGUGGCAAAGACAUCUGAUCAGACAGCACAGCACUGCAAUUCCUAACAUUUGAUUCUUUUAUUACAUAGCUUAUAUUCUUAGAGUUUAAUAGCAAAGCUUUCAUCAAAGGUAAUAGAUUUGUCUAAAAGUUCUCUUUAGAUAAUUAGCUUUAAAGGGGCCUGUGCAUGCCAAGGCCUAUAAUUAUUAUAAUAUUGUGUCAUGAUUUUGUGGUCGUUAGCCAAACCAAAAGAAAUAUAUGCAGUGUGAAAAUAUUUUUUAUUUUAGAUAUAGAGACAUAAAGCACAAGGAAUGUUACAUUUUAGUUUACUUGCCUGUUUUACCUUUUUUUGACUAACAUUUGCUUUUGACUCAUCAAUCAAUAUAUAUCAUUUAUAGCCUGUGUGAAGAAUUUGCUGGAGCUCAUAAUAAACUUAUUGAAAAGACAUUCA